UAUAUAUAUGGGAAUAGAGAGGACAUCUCCCUGUCAGAGCUGCUGGUGGGAGAAAGUCACUGAACUGCUCAAGCAAGCCAGCACCAUGAAACUGCUCCUGCUGUUCCUGCUCUGUGUUUCCUCUGUUAAACCCCAGGCCUCUACAGACUAUGAUGAUGAGGAUGACAGCCCUCAGCUUGGGGUUCGAGGCCACCGACCCCUGGACAAAAGGCGGGAAGUGGCUCCCACACUCCGGCCCGUAGCACCUCCCAUCAGUGGAACUGGAUACCAGCCACGGCCCCCAAAGAGAGUGAAACCAGGAGACAAGAAAGAACGUAUCAUAUACCCCGAUGCUGGUGGCUGUAAGCAUCCUUUAGAAGAGCUGGGAGUGCUGUGUCCAACUGGAUGCGAGCUGCAAACUACACUGGUAAAACAGGAAAAAAAUGUGAAAUCAGUUGUUCGUGAUCUAAAGGACAAAGUGAGCAAGCUGUCUGAAACCUCUGCAACUUUCUAUGAAUAUGUGAAUGUUCUAGAUGAUAAAUUGGUAAAUAGGCAAAAACAAAGAAGAGACAAUGAUGAUAUACUUUCUCAGUACAACACAGAAGUGGAAUUGCAUUAUAAUUAUAUAAAGGAUAAUCUGGACAAUAACAUCCCAUCUAGCCUCAGGGUCCUUCGUUCAGUUGUGGAUACUUUACACAAAAAGAUACAAAAACUAGAAAAUGCCAUUGCAACCCAGACAGACUACUGCCGUUCCCCAUGUGUUGUUUCCUGCAAUAUUCCAGUGGUUUCAGGCAAAGAAUGUGAGGAUAUUAUCAGAAAAGGAGGCGAGACAUCUGAAAUGUACCUCAUCCAGCCAGAUCCUUUCGUCAGACCAUACAGAGUAUACUGUGACAUGGAAACAGAUAACGGAGGCUGGACAUUGAUUCAGAACCGCCAGGAUGGCAGUGUUAAUUUCGGAAGAGUAUGGGAUCAGUAUAAAAAAGGAUUUGGCAAUGUUGCAAAGAGUGGAGGGAAGAACUACUGUGAUACACCAGGUGAAUAUUGGCUUGGAAAUGACAAAAUCAGCCAACUUACCAAAAUAGGGCCCACUGAAGUUUUAAUUGAAAUGGAAGACUGGAAUGGCAAUAAAGUGUCCGCUCAUUAUGGAGGUUUCACCAUACAGAAUGAAGGAAACAAGUACCAACUUUCAGUUAGUAACUACAAAGGCAAUGCAGGCAAUGCGCUAAUGGAAGGAGCUUCACAGAUGCAUGGAGAAAACAGAACAAUGACAAUUCACAAUGGCAUGUUCUUCAGUACUUUUGACAGAGACAAUGAUGGAUGGUUAACUACAGAUCCAAGAAAACAGUGCUCCAAAGAAGAUGGUGGUGGAUGGUGGUACAACCGCUGCCACUCAGCCAACCCCAAUGGUAGAUACUACUGGGGAGGGGCCUACAGCUGGGAUAUGGCAAAACACGGUACAGAUGAUGGUGUUGUAUGGAUGAAUUGGAAAGGGUCAUGGUAUUCAAUGAAGAAGAUGAGCAUGAAAAUCAGGCCAUACUUUCCACAUUAACUGUUAUCAAAAUGUACAGAAUCAGGGAUUUUCUUUUAAUAUUUGUACUUGGUUAUCUUUUUAGGCAUGGUAUUCAGGCUUGUUUUUACGUAUGAGAGCCAAAUAUGUAUGUAUGAGCAUAUUGUGACCUAAAGUGAAAAGCAAUGUCAACUGUAAAUCAAAAUCUGACUGAUGAAAAUAACUCAAGUGUAUUUUGUUCCAUUUUUUGCUUGUUCACAAGACAGUGGUAGCUAGUAUAGAAUAGCACUGAUAAAAAAAAAACAAUCCCGACUUGUUUCACAACGGACUUCUAUACCACAUUUGAAGAGGGAGAGGAUUAUUCUGUUUUCUGAAAACUAAAUAAAGCCUUAAAACUAAAGUUUUGUUCACAUGAUUCCUACAUAUUUAUGAAUUAUCUGGGAAGGAGCGAACACAUUCCACUAAAUAAGGGACAGUAAUUUUCUUUUA